ACACCCAACUGCAGGCACAACUCACUAGCUAACUCAAAGCCUUGUACACAAGCAGCACUCCUACUAAGCUUUCUCAGCAAAGCACAUUUUUCAGAGCAAGCGAUAUUCCGAUGGACAUGGUAACGAAGCUGGCAGGGCAGCGAGCGGUAGUGAUCUUCAGCAUGAGCUCCUGCUGCAUGUGCCACACGGUGAUGCGCCUCUUCCGCGAGCUCGGGGUGAACCCCACGGUGGUGGAGCUGGACGAGAACCCGAGAGGGAAGGAGAUGGAGAAGGCGCUGGCGAGGCUCCUGGGCCGCAACCCCGCCGUGCCAGCGGUGUUCAUCGGCGGUAGGCUCGUGGGGUCCACCGACAAGGUCAUGUCCUUGCACCUCAGCGGCAACCUCGUCCCGCUGCUCCGCAAUGCAGGUGCUAUCUGGGUGUAGUUUUUUGCAUUCAGGUGGUAAUGGAGAAUAAUGUAUCCAUGCAUGGGUACGUGCUUUGUAUCAGGCGAUGAUGGAGAUUAACAGUAGUAGUACGGUACCCCAUUAAGUC